CUGGCCGCGCCUCCUUGCGGGAAGCUUCUAGUGGCGCGCCCGGGGCAUUGUGGGAAGUGACCGUUGACCGGGUCUCCGCCGGCAAGAUGAUGCCCACACCUGUUAUCCUGCUGAAAGAGGGCACAGACACCUCUCAAGGAGUCCCACAGCUGGUCAGCAACAUCAAUGCCUGCCAGGUUGUUGCAGAAGCUGUCCGCACCACACUCGGCCCCCGAGGCAUGGACAAGCUCAUUGUUGAUGACAGAGGCAAAGCAACAAUCUCCAACGAUGGCGCUACCAUCUUGAAGCUUCUUGAUGUGGUACACCCUGCUGCAAAGACGCUCGUGGACAUCGCCAAGUCACAGGAUGCAGAGGUUGGUGAUGGCACGACCUCGGUCACCCUCCUGGCUGCUGAAUUCCUAAAGCAAAUCAAGCCCUACGUGGAGGAAGGCCUGCAUCCCCAGAUCAUCAUCCGCGCCUUCCGCACUGCCACUAACUUGGCUGUCAGUAAGAUCAAGACGAUUGCGGUCACUGUCAAGAAGUCGGACCCCGAGGAGCUCAAAAGCCUGCUGGAGAAGUGUGCGGCCACCGCCCUGAGCUCCAAACUGAUUGCCCAGCACAAGGACUUCUUUGCCCAGAUGGUGGUGGAUGCUGUCAUGAUGCUCGAUGAACUCCUGCAGGUCAAAAUGAUCGGGAUAAAGAAAGUGCAGGGAGGCGCCCUGGAAGAUUCCCAGUUGGUGGCAGGAGUGGCCUUCAAAAAAACGUUCUCCUACGCUGGGUUUGAGAUGCAGCCCAAGAAGUACGAGUCGCCCAAGAUCGCCUUGCUCAACAUCGAACUAGAGCUCAAGGCUGAGAAGGACAACGCCGAAGUCAGGGUCAACAGCGUGGAGGAUUACCAGGCCAUUGUGGACGCCGAGUGGAACAUCUUGUACGACAAGCUGGAUAAGCUGUGCCAGUCAGGCGCCAAAGUGGUGCUGUCCAAGCUUCCCAUUGGCGACGUGGCCACUCAGUACUUUGCUGACAGGGACAUGUUCUGUGCUGGCCGAGUCCCCGAGGAAGAUCUCAAGAGGACCAUGAUGGCCUGUGGUGGCACCAUCCAGACCAGCGCCUCUGCUUUGACAGACGAUGUCCUGGGGCGUUGUGCACUCUUUGAGGAGGUGCAGGUUGGAGGGGAGAGGUAUAACUUUUUCACGGGCUGCCCAAAGGCCAAAACCUGCACGAUAAUCUUGCGGGGAGGAGCAGAGCAGUUAAUGGAGGAGACGGAGCGUUCCCUCCACGAUGCCAUCAUGAUCGUCAGAAGAGCCAUCAAGAACGACUCUGUUGUUGCUGGCGGAGGAGCGAUUGAGAUGGAACUCUCCAAGUACCUCCGCGACUACUCCAGGACCAUUCCAGGCAAGCAGCAGCUGCUGAUUGGGGCUUAUGCCAAAGCUUUGGAGAUUAUUCCUCGCCAGCUCUGCGACAAUGCUGGCUUCGAUGCCACCAACAUCCUCAACAAGCUUCGAGCCAAGCAUGCACAGGGUGGGAUGUGGUACGGCGUGGAUGUGAACAACGAGGACAUCGCCGACAACUUCGAGGCUUUCGUGUGGGAGCCGGCCGUCGUGCGCAUCAAUGCUCUGACCGCGGCAGCUGAGGCCGCGUGCCUCAUUGUGUCUGUGGAUGAAACAAUUAAGAACCCCCGCUCCACGGUAGAUGGCCCUCCUGCGGGCCGCGGCAGAGGGCGAGGCCGGCCACACAACCACUGAAGGGCAGCUUUUCCAGCAGCGCUGGGGUCUGGGGCUCGGCAAUCAAGAGUUCGUCUGUCUGGUUAAACGUGAGCCACUGGGUGCCCCUUCCUCGGUUCCGUUGAGGUGUUCCCGCUUUUCACGAGAGGGAGAGCCCCUGUGGAAUUCUGCCCCUCUGGGAGGACCCCCUUUUUCAUAACAUGCAAAGUGAGGGAAAUCCCUAGAGCUCCAGACUUGGACACCCUUUGCAUAUAAGUUCAGAUAUUCUUGAUUGUGCCGAUCUCCUCCUCCUUUUCCCUCCACCCCCCAAUUCUCCUUCCAGGUUUAUCCUUGUCCAUCAAUUUUGAAGCUUCCGGGCUCCCAGAUCUCUGUAAUGUUGACACGUUGCUGGAAAGUUGAGGAGGGUGGUUGUUGAUUGUAUUUAUUGGUUUUUGUAUUGGCGGCACGAGCCUUGGCGCAAACAGAAUAAACAACGUGAAAACCUG